GUGCGCGUACGCCGCCCGACGCCAUCUUGUUCAAUUCAAAUUUCGAAGCCUUAAAUCCUUUGCGUUGGGCUGUCGGAAAUUGAUUUUAUCGGUUGUCUUGACAAGGUUAUACGGAAAUAUCGUGUUGUAAAGCAAAUCCGUGUGCUUUUAGUUUCUUCUUAAAACAAACUCACUUUAACUAAGUAUCGUGACUGAUGUUUUAGUAAUAAAAAUGUGAUAUUUUAUUGGAUUGUAUCAUUAAAAUAACGAUCAACCUUAUUGGGAUAGUGCAGUGAGCGUGCCAGUGAACAAACUGUUUCAUAUUCAUAUAAGUUGUAGUAAAGAUGCACAUCGCCACAUUCCAUUAGCUAUUGUGUGUAAAAACAACAGUUAGACCACUGGUGUACUGUGUGUGCUCAAACAAUAGGUGUACAUGUGUCUGUGAUGUGGUUACACGGGGAACAAAUGAAGCGACGCGGGCCGCGGCAUAUCACCAACACAACGGUUCAGUGAAAAUGAAUAUGAUAAUACAUAUUAUUGGCAUCGUAUCAGGAUGCAUUGCAUUCGCAUCAACACAAAUGCUGCCGCCUGGCUUCAGUCUGCCUGCCAUCACACAUGUGGACCGCAACUGGGAUGUGAUGUCGACGGCCCCGAUCGGCGCUGUAGUCACUGUGGUUCACCGGGAUAAGACCGGCUCAGGUGCCGUCACCUACGGCCUGGAAACUUCUGGACCGCCAACUCCUUUCGAAAUUGCCCCGGAUACUGGAGUGGUCAAAGUUAAUGAUACUUUGAAGGACAAGGAGAACCAAACCUACUCACUAUGGGUGACGGCAUCAGAUGGCUCUUCAAUACCACAGCGUACAGAAGUAUUCGCCACAAUCACCGAUAAAUCCGGUUCAAAACAUAAUGCGCCUCGCCCACCGCGCUUCCCACUUCCGUAUCCCGAUUUGCCUUUACUACCGGAUUUCCCUAGAUCUACUUUGAAAACAACAAAACCAGCAGAACCAAUUUCACCAGAAACUGUGCCUGACAUAACAACAACUACCACAAAUACUCCAGCACUAAGUAAGGUCGAUGAGUUACAUGAAGAUAAAAUAGUAGAUCAGGAGGUAUCGAAGCGUAAUGUUUCCAAAGUACCAGUUCAGGAAACAACGGUAGGCAGUGAUGUUCCUUUAACAGUGAUACCUCUAAUUGCAAUUGGUGGACUGGUGAUUAUAGUUGCAGCCGUUAUUAUAUUUGUGUGGAAGAAGAACAGCGGCAAAAGGACGAAGCCAAAUAAGGAAGACAUGAGCAAAGACUCAAGUGGCAUCGUGUUACAAGACUCGUCUUUCAACAUGUGGGACCACCCGCGUGCUUAUUCAAAUCGAUAUGAGUCCUGGGACACCAGCCAUUUGCAGAUUUCUGAAGAAACCACGAUAACUAGCAAGGAGGAGCCACGUGACGAAUGGGAGUUCCCGAGGCACCGUCUGAGGAUAUUCAACAUUGUUGGCGAAGGCGCUUUCGGUCAAGUGUGGCGGGCGCAGGCUAUAGAUAUUGACGGUAAAAAAGGAGAGCAAACUGUAGCUGUGAAAACGUUGAAAGAGAACGCUUCAGAAAAGGAGAAAAUUGACUUGAUCCAAGAGCUGACUGUAAUGAAGAACUUAGGCACACAUCCAAAUGUAGUUAGGCUCAUAGGAUGCUGUUCAGAAAAGGAACCAACCCUAGUUAUCAUGGAAUUUGUGAGUCUUGGAAAACUGCAGCAAUUCCUCCGAGACUCCCGCGCUGAGCGUCACUACGGGAACACGCAUGGAGGCAGCCAGUUCCUGACGUCGCGCGACCUGACACAUUUUGCCUUCCAAAUCGCUCGGGGCAUGGACUUUCUUAGCUCCAAAGGGAUAAUCCACCGUGAUUUAGCAGCUCGCAACGUGCUGAUUACUGAGGAGAGGACUUGUAAAGUAGCCGACUUCGGCUUUGCGAGAGACGUAGCUGGAACACAUGUUUACGAACGAAAAAGUGAUGGACGUCUACCAAUUAGAUGGAUGGCCCCGGAAUCUUUAUACGAUGACAUAUUCAGCGUCAAGUCAGACAUAUGGAGCUUCGGUGUCCUUCUAUGGGAGAUCGUGACACUGGGUUCAACGCCAUACCCCGGACUAUCCGCCGGAGAUGUUAUGAGAAAGGUUCGAGAAGGUCAUAGACUAGAAAAACCAGAACACUGUCGACGGGAGCUCUAUAAUAUCAUGUACUACUGUUGGGAGGCGGAACAGUCAGCGCGGCCGGACUUCAAAGAAGUUGUUGGCAUGCUAGAAAGGUUGCUGUGCACUGAAAUGGACUAUAUAGAACUCGAACGGUUCCCAGACCAUUCGUAUUACAAUGUGCAGCAUUUGGACGGGGAAAAGUUAUAGUAUAUAUUAUAGAUAUAAGUACUCAUUAUUUAUCAACUCGUUAUAAACGAAAUGUGAGUUUUAGAGACGGACCAUGCAUGAUUGGUACCACAGAAAAAGUAAAAAACAAAAGGGCAGUCUAUGUAAAUAUAUACAGUAAACAUAUAGCUCUUGGAAAGUGUUUGGUGACGAUGACGCAAGUUCUAUUAUUCUCGUUCACCUAAAAAGUGAUCAACGCCUAUAAAGAAACUUUAACUUCCUUUUAACCGCUAAAGAAUUUAUUACUAAAAUUUUUCAAAUGUAUAAAGUUGCCUGUCACUUGAGGCCCGUUAGAAGUAUCUUAAUUUGCGAGAGCAUGACGGCAUAAAAUAGCGUCACGCUGUUUGCCGUGAUGGCAUAAGAUUUGGUUUUAUUUCCAAGGUGCACCAUAGAUUAACAAUUGCGAAACUUUUACAAAUUUCGUUCGCUAGUAAAUUUUUACUGCAAUCUGUAGCGACAAAUUAAAAAAAUAUAUAGUUACAAAUGUCCGCAAUGCCGGGAUAAGUAAGCCGGUUCAACCAUUAUAGAGAGGGGUUCGAAUCUCGUCGGUUUCACGUUUACUAAUAAGUAUUAAUUAAAGUAAAAGUCAUAAAAGAAAAACUUGUAGAUUAUACUGUAAAAUAAAUAAUAAAUGGAAACGAAAUUUUAUUUUAGGAAUACAUUAAGAGUUGAUCUAAUAUUGGAGAACAUUGACUUUUUUCUAGAAUAGACCAAAUAUCUAACAACUAUUUUUUACGGGAAUUACUCGUAAAACACUUUGAUUUUAACAUUUUUAUAACAAUUGCAUUUAUCUUUCCUCCAAUUAAAAAACCUUAAAAAUUUUAGCUGACUUUAAAAAAAGAGGCAACUUUUAUGUUCUUCUGUAUUUCGUGCGUAUUUGUUUUUAUUCGUUUACCGGUUUCUUCAUUAAUUAAGGUCCGAUUUGGAAAUUUGGCUUUUAUUUAAAAGUUUUUCCCAAAGACUCCUGAAGACAUCUCAUGGAAAUCGAUGGAAAUCUUCCAAUUUUAAAGCCAUUGAGUAUAUUUAAUGGACAAAUGAUUUACAUUAAUCCCAUAACCGAUUUCAAUUGCCUUUGUUAGCUUUGCCCAGUAUAAAACCUAGACCGAUCUUAACGGCUAGUGAUUUAGGUACUGAUUGAAUGAUUCAUGGUAAGAAUAACUCAGUGAGAAGAAAGACCCUUGUUUUCUAUUAAAAUAGUA